GUGGAGGGUCUCUUUCCUCGCCAGCACACCUUCCCCUUCCCCGACGAGGAGGGGCAACUCCUCUGCCCCCGCCUCGUCUCCUUCCUAGGAAGGAUGCUUCCAGCUACCAGGUGCAGGACCUGGAAGCGUUUAUCUCUGCUGCUCAUGCUGGAGUGGUGUACACUUUUACUCGGAGUAACGCCGUGGAACUGGCUGGGCUUUGCGUCGAAAAAGAUGCAUGUGUAGGGUCACUCUGCAUCUCCCACAAUACUGAGCAUUUCGCCAAGUGUAAUUUUCCAAUAGCAAUUUUCCUUUAUAGUGCUGUAAUAAGGAGAGAAGCCACAAAGUGCAAAUCACACCACCACAUCUUUAUCAUGUUUUUUUCUCCUGGCCUUCCAUCAGUAUUGUUCACUCCUUUUGUAUUUGAGUUACAUUUUCUCAUGUGCUCCCAAUAAAAGUUUUGAGAGGCACCAUAACUCUGAUGGAAGGUCUCUAAUUACAAGAAUCUCUUGGGUUAUAAGGAUGAAAGACACUGUUGUCUGAAACCCUUGUGAGCUGAUGCCGUCAGAAUCUUUUUCUACUGUUUUUUUAGUCUACAUAGCACAUGUCGAAAGCUUUCUUAUUCUGAGUCAGACUAUUAGUCUAUCUAGCCAAUCAUUGCUGACACUGGCUAGUAUCAGCUCUCUAAAGUUUCAGCCAGGGUUCUUUUCUAGUUCCUCUUAAAGAACCUGGGCAUUGAAUCGUUCUGUAUGCAAAGCAUGUAUUCUAUCUCUGAACUAACACUUUUCUCUAUCAGGACAUCAUACUCCUGAGAAACUUGCUUUUGUAAUUGAGGGUCAACAGGUUGUUGUCACGUGAGAUAAUCCCCCUGGAACUUUUACCCUGUUCUUCAUCAGUUGCAUAUUUACAUCAUGUUGAUUGUCCUGUCUUCAUGGAGCUUCACAUUUAGGGGAGGAUUCAGCAUAUUGGAAUAGGCAAAAGGAAGUUUACCAAAAAAUGCUGUUGAAAUAGCCUUUUUUUCUGGAACUGGAAAAAGGGAAAAUUUACAAGGACAAUUUUCCUUGGGGGAUAAAUUCUGCAAGCUGAAAACCACUAUCUGCUGGCUGCUGCUCAUCCUCAUAUUUAAGGUCAUCAGGCCACUGUUACCAGCAGCAGCCCAGUCUCCGCACUGGGUGUGUUGUCACUCCGCCCAACCCAGGCGACCAUGAACGGGAGUGCAGUGCCCCUGUCACCAGUAGGGGGAGGGAUGGUGGGAGAACCUGCCUCUCUCCCUUCACCGGGCUGGCGGGAAUUCUGUGAGGUGCAUGCUCGUGCCGCUGCAGUGGACUUUGCCCGUCGUUUCCGGGCCUUCCUUGGUGAGAACCCGCAGUUUGCCACUCCAGGAGCUGAAGCUGCCUUCUCACGCCGUUUUGCUGAGCACUUCCUGGAACAUUUUGAGGCAGAAGUGAGCCGAGCCUACGCCAGCGACUCACCGCCUCGAUGUGACAUUGCCCCCUUCACUGGCUGCUCCUCUGCACGUGAUCUCUCUGAGACUUGUAGCGACUCAUCUGUCGCCUCCCCUGUGGAGCCUCCUGUGGGGCCACCCUCCGGCCUCUCCAGCAGUCAGUCCCGCAGUUCUGAAGAUGUGUCUACUGUGGCGACGGUUACUGCCACCAAACCAAAGUUGAAGAAGCGCUUCUCUUUGCGCAACGUUAGCCGCAGCGUCCGAGGUAGCGUACGCGGCAUUCUGCAGUGGAAGACUUCGGCCGAGUCAUCCCCUGGUGGCGGAGAUGGGGCAGCCCCUGGAGCCAACAGUAAUUCCAACUGUUCGGGGGGGGGUGACUCUGAGCGCUGGACUCACAGAUUUGAGCGCCUGCGGCUCCACAAAGCCCCCCCAGCCGCCCUCCGAAUGGAACUGGCCAGUGUGCGGCGUGAGGGCCUUCUGAACUACAUUGUAGCUGACGAUGGGUCAGGAGGGGGCAGCCGGACCCGCUGGCAGAAAUGCCGUCUUCUCCUACGCAAAGCAGGGAAGGGGGAGGGGGAGGGUUACCUAUUGGAGUUCUACAUCCCACCAAAGGCAUCGAAGCCACGGGUCAGCAUCGCUUGCUCCUGCGUCGUGGACGUGCGGACAACGACGCCCCUGGAAAUGCCAGACAAAGAGAACACCUUUGUGCUCAAGCUGUCAAGCUCCUUGGAGUACAUCCUUGAGACGGUUGACUCACUACAGAUGCGUUCAUGGUUGGCAGACAUUCAGGAAUGCAUGGGCCUUGGAGAGAGCACAGAUAGUCUGGAGCAGCCGUGCAUGAACCACUCAGAAAGUAUGCCCAGCCGGGAACUUCCCAUGGUGCCGAGUGAGAGCAGUGAACAGCUCAGCCAAGGUGCCUAUGGUGGACUGAUGGAACGCCCCUCAGCCUCCAUGUCCCCCAGCUCGGUCUCCAUCGCUGCCUCGCACUUUGACUCAAUGGAGCUGCUUCCGCCAGAGCUGCCACCUCGGGUGCCGAUCGAUGAAGGUCCAUUUCCCACUGGCCUUCUCCAUACGACUUUCCCCGAAACUCCUGACACCACAGGUUCCUUCCUCUUCCAAGGGGAGCCCGAUCCAGGUGGGGGAAGUCUUGGUGACACAGAGCACCCCCUCUCCGAGUACCCCUGGUUCCAUGGCACCCUCUCACGUCUCAAAGCAGCCCAGCUGGUGUUAGCAGGGGGAGCCAGCAGCCACGGCGUUUUCUUAGUCCGUCAAAGUGAGACACGGCGUGGUGAAUAUGUCCUGACCUUUAACUUCCAGGGCAAGGCCAAGCACCUGCGUCUCUCCCUUAAUGAGGACGGGCAGUGCCGGGUUCAGCACCUCUGGUUUCAGACCAUCUUCGACAUGCUGGAGCACUUCCGGGUCCACCCCAUCCCCCUGGAAUCAGGCGGCUCCAGCGACGUGACGCUUGUCAGCUACGUGGUUGCUUCACAGCGGCUGCACGGCCGGGACCGGGCUGGGAGCCGAGCGCCAGUGUCUGGGUUCAGUGGGGACCCCGACUCGCCCCCCAACCUCAUCUCCAUCCUUGCUGCUGCCUCUGCGGGUGACUGCGUAACCGAACACCUCUCGUAACCUGCCACCACCGCCGCCUCCACUCCCCCCAGCUCGGCCACCUCAUGCUCCCCCUGACCAGGGCUUGCCGGAGGCUGAGGGGCAAAUUGA